AUGCCUCUGUCCAGAUGGGCGCACCGAAUUCCCGGCCUAGCCGACAGAGGCUUUUAUGAGACGUUGUGCCGGUUUUCAUUUUGUGUAGUUGUCGUCACCAUCCUCACGCAACGUAUUUUUCUGGGCCGCAAUGACCCCCAGCGAUGUGUCGCGCUGUUGUCUGGUGGCUCGUGGCCACCUCAUGAUACCCUUGCCAGCUGGAGGCCGUACUUUCACAAGUGGGAGCCCCGAGGGUGCCGCAUGUACGAGUAUCAACCAGCCGACAUAUAUGACUGUUUGUCGGGCCGCAGACUCGUCUUUGUGGGAGACUCAACCGUGCGUCAGAUCUUUUACGCAACAGCCAAGCGUCUCAACAAGGUUGUCGCAGAUGAAAUGCUCGUCGAGGUUCUGGUUUCGUCAAACCCACAGCAUGACGUCGAGUUAGAGAUAGAUGGCGUGAGUCUCGUCUUUAUUUGGGAUCCAUGGCUCAACUCGACUGGUCUGGCGACAGAACUACAGAAUUUCAGCCCAGGGCCGCCAUCGUCCACACCAGCAGGAAGCAGUACGACAGGGACAUCUGCGGCCUUAUUGCUCGUGGGUGCUCCCGGGCUAUGGGCGGCCCGCAGUGGUGGGGAGGAUUAUUUCGAACUGUUUCAGCGCGGCAUCGACUCGGUCCGGCCGUGGCUGAAGGAUGGGAUCCAAGUCGAUUCAUCCGUCUCUGGCUACAGCGACCUUCAAAACCGCAUUGUCGUCGCUCCCGUGCAGGUCCCGCAAUACUGGAAACUGGCACCGGCACGAGCAGAAUCUCUUACCAGGGAGAAGAUUUCGAGUAUGAACGCUUACCUCGACGCACUGCCUGGGCAAGAGGCCUCUCACGUUAUCACGGCAUACAAUGAGAUGACGCGCCCUGGAACGCGGUUCGCCUUUGAAGACACCGGUAUUCACGUCCGCGAGGCACUCGCAGAUCGCAAGGCUGACAUUCUGCUCAAUCUGAGGUGCAACGGAGGUUUGGUCCGUCAGUCCCAAGAUCAUCGCAAUCAGGAGACAUGUUGCUCGGCUUAUGAGCCUCUUCGAAGAGGCCAUUACCUUGGAAUACUUGCAUCACUCAUCGUGGCCGUCAUCUACAUUCGCUACAGUUCAAUGCAGUCAACCCCGACUAGCAAGUACCAUGCAAAACGUCGCCACGACCGGCCAGCUGCACAAAGAUUUCACAUGCCCCUUGCACUGCUGGGCGUCAUCUUGUACUGCUACUUUUCCGAUCGAACGCAACUGUUUCCGAAGGCCGCAAAGCGGUUGAGCGCCGGGGGGAUUGCCGUCUCCCUUGUAGUAGGAGGCGCUGUUGCCGCCGCAUCUCUACGCAGAUGGCUCCCUAGUCCUGUUCCCAAUCGCAGUAGUGACAGAAAAAGGCCAUGCUCGGUCCCGCCGCUAAAGUCUAGGCAGAGAAAGUUUCCAAGGCUUGAACCAGAUGACGACCCUGGGUUUCUAUCUCGUGAGCUGACUGAAGAGUGGAAGGGAUGGAUGCAGGGCCUGCUUCUGAUUUUCUCUUACCAAGACCUCUCAGACCAGCUGUGGGCUAACAAAAUAUCUCGCCUGCCCCCCGCUGCCUAUCUGUUCAUUCUUGCAUACGGCCAUACCACAUACUUCUUGCGGACCAAUGACUACUCGUUCAAGAGGGUCGCCAGUGUCAUCUGGCGCUUGAACGCACUUCCCUUCUUAGUUUCGAUGGCCAUGGACGCCGACGGAGGCCUCUAUUCAUUUCCGCGAUUGGCAACCUUCUGGUUCGUCAUCGCUUAUUGCACCCUUGGAUUUGCCCAGCGCUUCAACUUAAAUCCCGCGGUAGUGCUGCUCAAGAUAUGUCUUGCUGCCGUGGCCACAAUAAGCCUUCUCCGCACAGACUCGGUUUUUGCCCUUAUAGGCUGGAUAAUAAGCCAUGCAGUUCCCAAAGUAACACUGGACGUCGUUGCUGUGCGCCAAAGAAUCGAACUGGACCGCCUGGUCCCGUUCUUCGGCAUGGCAGUUGCCGUCACUGCCCACCGCGCUGCCAUCAUCAAGGCGUCCUACACACGACUGCACGAGGAGCGAGCGCACCAGCUUUCACCACUGCCAGGAGUUCCGAUAAAUGACGCAGCAAGCAAGCCCCUCCGUCACGAUGCGACUGCAUUAGCAGCAGCUACAGGCCCGAAUACUCUCGAUCGCAUGAUAGCAACUCUUUUGUAUCCCGACGACCUGGCAUCCUGUGUCAUCUGGCCCCUCAUUGUUGCCACAAUAGUGCUCGCCGGCUUUGGCCUGUUUUUUGUCGUGACCCUUGCGAUUCCGGGCGUCUUCUCUGACAUGGAGAUCUACGAUUACUGGCACCCAUACUUUUCAUGCCUCCCAGUUCUCGCAUAUGCACUGAUGCGCAACAUACACCCUUCGCUUCGUCGUGUCGGCUUCCCGCUCUUGGCCGCUCUGGGUCGCAUAUCACUCGAGACGUACGUGCUCUGUCAUCACUUGUGGCUAGCCGGAGAUGGUAGGAGCCUUCUCAGGCUUGGGCUGGCCCGCCGCGCGGGGUUGGGGAGGUUCCAGCAAGACAGGUCCUUCGCAGCGGCUGGUUGGGUGGCCGAGACCAUGGUCGUUGGUGUUGUUUUUAUUUGGAUCAGCUGGCACGCCAGGCAGGCCGUGGCAGAGCUGGGAAGAUUGUUGGUGGGCGAUGCUGGCGUUGCACCGCAAACCUCAGGGAUUGGUUCUUCAGGGAGCAAGGACGACCUCGAGAGCGGCUGCUACAGGUACGGCACCUCCAGCCGUGCCCAGUCGGAUCGUUCAGGCCUAAGUGACCGCUCAAAGCCACGGAUCACAAAUGUGACACCCAGUACAGGCAGUACCAAGCUCAGAGUUGGCGUGGUGGUACUGUUGGGCUGGUUGAGCCUUUUCUUGUAUUGA